GAGCCACGGCGCCUCCGAGCUGGCCCUGCGCCGCCAGCUGCCCGGGGCUUCAGAACUUGCGGGCUCUGAUGGAGCGCCUUUAAUAUUUAACGUUUCGUUUUCCACAGGAUGGGGAGGGACGCGCGGCAGUGCCACCGGGAACCGGCGCGCCAGUGAAGUCGGAGCCGCCGGCCGCCCGCCUGCAGCCAGCCGUUCCGCGCGCGGCCGCGCAGCCUCUGCCAUGGCCGGGUCCGGCGCGUGGAAGCGCCUCAAAUCUCUGCUGAGGAAGGAUGAUGCGCCGCUGUUUCUGAAUGACACCAGCGCCUUUGACUUCUCGGACGAGGCGGGGGAUGAGGGGCUUUCUCGGUUUAACAAACUUCGAGUUGUGGUGGCCGAUGAUGGCUCGGAAGCCCCGGAAAGGCCUGUUAACGGGGCGCACCCGGCCCUCCAGGCCGACGACGACUCCUUGCUGGACCAGGACUUGCCUUUGACCAACAGCCAGCUGAGUCUGAAGGUGGACCCGUGUGACAGCUGCAGCAGACGGAGAGAGCUGCUGAAGCAGAGAAAGGUGAAAACCAGAUUGACCAUUGCUGCCGUUCUGUACUUGCUUUUCAUGAUUGGAGAACUUGUAGGUGGAUACAUUGCAAAUAGCCUAGCAAUCAUGACCGAUGCGCUUCAUAUGUUAACUGACCUCAGUGCUAUCAUAUUGACCCUGCUUGCUUUGUGGCUGUCUUCAAAAUCACCAACCAAAAGAUUCACCUUUGGAUUUCAUCGCUUAGAGGUUUUGUCAGCUAUGAUUAGUGUGCUGUUGGUGUAUAUACUUAUGGGAUUCCUCCUAUAUGAAGCUGUCCAAAGAACUAUCCAUAUGAAAUAUGAAAUAAAUGGAGACAUAAUGCUCAUUACCGCAGCAGUUGGAGUUGCAGUUAACGUAAUAAUGGGGUUUCUGUUGAACCAGUCUGGUCACCAUCAUGCCCAUUCCCACUCCCUGCCUCCAAAUUCUCCUACCACAGGUUCUGUAUGUGGACACAACCAUGGGCAGGACAGCUUGGCAGUGAGAGCUGCAUUUGUACAUGCUUUGGGAGAUUUGGUACAAAGUGUUGGUGUGCUAAUAGCUGCCUACAUCAUACGAUUCAAGCCAGAAUACAAGAUUGCUGAUCCUAUAUGCACCUAUGUGUUUUCAUUACUUGUGGCUUUUACAACAUUUCGCAUCAUAUGGGACACAGUAGUUAUAAUACUAGAAGGUGUACCAAGGCAUUUGAAUGUAGACUAUAUCAAAGAAGCCUUGAUGAAGAUAGAAGACGUCCAUUCAGUGGAAGAUUUAAAUGUCUGGUCUCUCACUUCAGGAAAACCCAUGGCCAUUGCACACAUACAGCUAAUUCCUGGAAGUUCCUCUAAGUGGGAAGACGUACAGUCCAAAGCCAAGCAUUUGUUAUUGAACACAUUUGGCAUGUAUAAAUGUACUAUUCAACUUCAGAGUUACAGGCAAGAAGUGGACAGAACUUGUGCAAAUUGUCAGAGUUCAAGUUCCUAAUUUUAUAUGUUUGGGGGACUACUGCCUUAGUUACCCUGCAGUUACAGACUUGAGAGCAAUAAAUGCACAUCUAAACAAGAGAAUGGAAUUCCUGACAGCUGUGUCUGUAUCUCACACUGGUCUUGCAGUCAGUCUGAGAGGGCUAGUUUCUGUCGAGUGCUAAAAUGAGACUUCAUGGUUUUCAGAUGAAGAUGUUUCCCAAACAGUGUUUACAGAACGAGACGUGACUCUACAGAUACCUCAGAAGACAAUCCAAGACCGUAAUUCACUGAUCACAACAGUAUGUGUCAGAAAGGAAGCAUCAAGAGUUCUAUGUUUGCAUUUAGAAGUCCUUUUUAAAGCCCAUUUUAUAUCAAGCUAGUGCUGGAAAACUGAUUUUUUAAAAUAUAAUCUUGACACCCAACUUCCGGAAUUUGACACCCAGUUCUCUUUUUACAGAAAUUAUUUCUCAACAGAUUUCAGAAAGUACUAGUAAUUAUCCAGAGUGGAAUAAGCAUGUAUUGCUAAGUGUUUCAGGAAUGUUUUAUUUCACAAAUAAGUCUUAAUGUUAUUGUUAAUACUUUAUGAACAACUUUUGCCAGAUGUUACAGGGUUUUGCAUCUCAAAGGUAACACUUUUGGCUAUUUGUAAUCAUAUCAGAACCAAAUCUUUACAUAUUGUGGUCAUUGUCAUUAAAUUGCUUAGGAAAUAUUUUUAGUAUUAUUCCGAAUGGCAGAAGUUUAUGUUAAACUGGUAUUACUGUAUGAUCAUUUAAACAAAACAUAGGAGCAAGGAUGAGAUGUAGAGUUUCAGAUGUAAGUCUUCCUGAAAUCACUUUUAUUGUUCAUGGAAUUUACCUUAACAACAGCAAAUGACUGCAAAGGUGAACAAUGAUGCUCUGUCCUUUUAAGAACUGCCUUAUGUUUUGGUAUCUUGCUUCCUGCCUCCAUACCAGUUAAUCUGUGUGUGCCUUUCAGGUAGAACUCUGGAGGGCCACGGUCCCAUUUGGAAUACUCACCUCACACAUGUAGACUAACAUUUCUCCAAAGGGAAUUUGUUUGAUGGUAUGGGUUAGGAAUUCUCCAUGACUCCAGAAACCCUAAGAUACAAUUUUGAGGUUUUCUAAUAAUACCAUACCUGAAAUGUUGAAAGGAAUUGGGGAAAAUAUUACUCUGAGAAAACAAACAUUUUAAGGGUUUUUUACUGUGUGUGUGUGUGUGUGUGUGUGUGUAAGCACUGGAAGAGGGUGGACAUUAAAUCUGUGUGGUAGGGAGGUUAAGCAUAAAAGUUUCUAAACAGAAGGUAACCUUAUUGGUAACCGUUGUAUUAAAAAGGCAAUUGUGAAUAUUCAUGUCAACUAUUGGUUUUGAGAUUAUCUUUAUACACGUUAGGAGUGCAUUUUCAGCAGAGAAUCAGAGUAAACUAACAUGUACCAGACAGGCUGUGAGAUAAAAUCCUAGAUAGGCAGGCAGAUGACUUAAAAUAUAAGUGAAGAAUAUGAAACAAAUUUCAUCUUUCUACCAAGUACUUCACCACAAGUAAACCUAAGCUAAAAACUGGAUUUAGCCAAAAGAGUAUUAAGAGUUGAUGGUUUCCAACAAAAAGAUUAAUAAGGCUACCUAAUAAAGCCCAGAAUUUGUUGAAUUGAAAAUUUUAUGGGAUUCUUAUUAUGAAUCCAUUUAAAAUAAUGAUUUGAAUUUUUCAAAAAUUUCAGGAGCAUAUAAACUGUUUAAAUAAAAAAUAUUCUUUUUAUUGUAUAUUAUCCUGUAUUUUUAAAAAAUACUCUUAAAUAUAGAAGGCAAGUAAGAAUAAAUGAGAAGCAUGUCAGUGCACACCUGGGCAUUUAUGCACUUUGUGUACCUAGCAAGAGAAAGGAAGAGAAUAUAUAAACAUUAUGUACCUAAUGGAUUUUCCCAUAUUUGCUGUUGUUUUCCACAUCUACUGAGCUUGUUUCUUGUAAACUUACUUUUAUCUUAAAUAGGUGUAUCUAACUUUUCACAUCGAACUGUUCCUUGACAAGUUAUUGGGUAAAACAAUCUAAAAUCCAUUUGAGGAUUGACAAGGAUCCUUUUGUAAAAUGCAGAAACACUGUAAACUUUUAUUAAUCUUUAUUAUGUUUAAAAUUAGGUACACAUGAAGUUUUCUGUGCUUUGUGAGGGUGUGUGUGUGUGUGUGUGUGUGUGUGUGUGUGUGUAUGUCAAGAACUACAGAUUUUGUACUUGUACUUUACUGGGUCUGUGAGAUUUGAUAAUUUAUAGGUUUAACUCUUUGUAACUUGACAAAACCAUGGAGAAGGAUGUGAACUUGGCAGAUGUGAGCAGGGACUGCACAGCUUCUGACACAGUUUGGUCUGUGCUUCGCCCCGGGUACAGGCGACAGCACUGCUGCAUGGCCAGCUCUCAGGGAGCGUCCGGUGUCCUGCGGAAAACAAGGCUGAGCACUUACCAUUGUUCACUUUGCACUGGGAAAACACGUCAUAACAUAAAAACUGGGCCAUUCUUCAGUGCCGUAUGUUUUAAUUAAUGUUAGCAAAUAAUCAAAGUCAGUUGUGUACAUAAACCUGUGUUUCAUAAGUCUGGCCGGACUGGCCUUUUGAUUUAUUUUAGGAAAAGGCCUAUUGUUUCAUUAAUGACCGUGCUGCCUUAGAAAUAGAAUGUGGGGAAUGUAGUUGGAUAAGGCAUAUUUUAGAGAGCUUUGAAAUGCAGAACCGGAGUGACUAUAAUUCCCACAUACAUUUUCCAUUGGCUGUGGAAUGCGAGCCCAGGUUUUCGCAACUGGCGGCUCCCAUCAGUAUUAUUUGCCAACUCCCUAAAUCUCUUAUUUUUCUGUUUCUUUUUCAACUCUGGAUGCUAUAUUUCCAUUUUCUGAAAUGAAGUUUCCUACUCUUAGGAGUCUCAGUGUUCUGGUUCUGUCUCUUGAACCCAGAGGUCCUCCCUGACAGUGUUUAUCUUUGGUAGAAUUUUCCCAGAAUAGACAUAGAUAUGAGCUUCCCUUUCAUUUUAAUGUAAGGAAAAAACAUCUUUCAGAGACAAAGCUCCACUUUAAAGGUGUCUCUAGGUAGGAAAAACCUUUUUUCAACAGCAGAUUGUCCUGAUUCAGAUUCUCUGCACACUGACCACUGCAGCCACAAGUGAAGGUCAUUGCUAACAGGCUGGGCUGUGCUUCUCGAGUAACCACAUCCACUACUUUGCAAGAGAGAAUCAUUCACUUCUGAAACUAGCACACUAGCUGAAUUUAUUUUCUUUUUAUGCAUUUAUAUUAACUGGUUCAUCAUAAGGAAUAAGGCAUUCUUACAGAAUCUGAGCCUCUUUAAUGUAAGGUUCUAGGCAAUUUUUCUGUUGACUAUACCCGAUAUAACAGUAAAUUUAAAGUUACAGAAUAUGUUAGUAGGGAUUAGUUCGUUUGCUUCUGUUUGUCUUUGAACCACACUUAGUUCAUGAGCCAUCUGGGUAUUAGUCACAAAUGUGUAUGCUGUGUUGAGGGGAGGCAGAUCUGAUCUCCAAGUAACUGAUUAAGCUUAAUAUCUUUCUAACCAAAAUGCCAUUUGCAAACCCUAACUACAGAUGUGAAUCCCACCGAGCAGGGCUUCAGAUUGGUUUUACAUGUCACCAAUCAGGGGAAAUAUUUGUGGGGUUGGUAGGAGCACAGGAGUUGGAGAGAAGAACUUGUGGGGGCUCCCCAGCACUGAAUGUGUGUGUGCACCCAGGCCAGCUUGUCACUGGAUCCCGGCUGACAGUGGGUCCACCUGCUCUAAUCAUAUUGUGAGGACCAACAAAUAGUUUCUGAUUUUUGGUAAGAUUGAGAACAUUUAUGGAGACUUUCUCUGACAGUGUCAAUUUAAUACUGCAAUUACAUAUUUUCUGAAAUAACUGUGACAGAAAUUUGGAAUGUGCCAGUGUGUCCGCUUUGCACCUGGAAAGCUUGCGCUUCUCUAAAUAAAUAUUAAGUAAGCCAUAUCACAGUUCAAGAAAUUGUAUAUACUUUUCCAAAUACCCCUUCAGAAACCAGUAUUUUGCAUAUGAUUGAUUUUAGAAAGAUUUUGAAGCUGG